AUGCCUGUUACCUGCGAAAAUGCUUCCAAAGAAAGCAAACCAUGGCCAGGAUAUUUCCUCGUCCGCACCACCGGUGACAUCGUCCCCCUAAUUGCCGUCGACGAGCUACCUCCCGGUACCAAUCUAAUCGGUGUCCCAAGGUCUCUCGACCUCGAGUCCACCAUCGGAAUGUUAAAUCUCGGUCUCCAGCAAAGCAGCGGCUCUUUCUAUCAGCUCACCGAGCCCAAAGAAACCAAAACCAUCUCAAAGGAUCCUAGUCCCAGCUCGAAAACACCUAAACCAACAUCACCAUCCCGUCCCACAAAGCCCAGCGAGAUUCAUCAACCCAGCGCUCCCCGCGCUGCGUCACACACCACUGCCGAUAGCGACACCGACACGCGCUCAUCUACGCCUCACACCUUGUCAGCGCGUCCUAGACCCGAGCCCCAGGUCUGUCGCUACUGGUGCACGCACGGCAUCUGCAAAUGGGGCCAGCAGUGCCGCUACCGCCAUCUUAUGCCGAUGACGCUCUCAGGCCUUCAAGAAGUCGGGCUGAGCAACUGGCCAGCCUGGUACCGCGCGCUCAACCCUGGAUACUUUGCGGGUGGAAGUGUUAGUCCUCAAGAAGGCGGUAGGCGGCAGAGAGCAAGUGCAUGUGCGGGAAAUGGAUGCUGUGGGCCAGCUUUGGAUUCGGCGCUGGCGAGGACUAGGAUUGGGUGGGGGAGAACGGGUGGUGGGAGGAUGGAGGGGCGUGAGACGGAUGAGGAGCUGGGGGAGCAGGUCUUGAGAAGGUUGAGGAGUAUGCCGAGGGCGGAGACGGGGAAAGGGACCCCUGAGAGGCGCGACCUUGUUAGUAGAAAUGUUCUGCUUGAGAGGGCUGCUGUCAAGGAUACUAAGGAUUGGGAGGAGGAGAGUUGUGUUGUUGAGGCUGGUGCGGAAGAGGUUGCUAAGAGGAAGACUGGUGGCAUGGCGAAGGAAAAGUUAGUCGAUGUUUGA